UGGCUCGGUAUUGUUGGCAGUAGUUGUACAAAUUCUUCAGUGGCGAGAAAUAAUAAGAACCCCUCCCGGCUUUUGGUGUUAAAUAAGUGAGGAAACCGCCAGCCAAUCAAAAUCCAAAAAUGGCGGUGAACGUGUAUUCCACAAACGUAACAACUGAGAACCUUUCUCGGCAUGACAUGCUGGCUUGGGUCAAUGACUGCUUAUCUAGCAGCUUCGGCAAGAUUGAAGAGCUGUGCACUGGGGCAGCCUACUGUCAAUUCAUGGACAUGCUCUUCCCGAACUCCGUCCCAUUGAAGAGGGUCAAGUUCAAGACCAACUUGGAGCAUGAGUACAUCCAGAAUUUCAAAAUCCUGCAGGCAGGUUUUAAGAAAAUGACUGUAGAUAAGGUAAUUCCUGUAGAUAAGUUAAUAAAGGGACGAUUCCAAGACAACUUUGAGUUCUUGCAAUGGUUCAAGAAGUUUUUUGACGCCAACUACGACGGUUCGGGGUAUGACGCCCUGGAGGCGCGGGGUGGCAUAUCGAUUGGGUCUGGCGCCAACGACCACCACCAUCACCACGGAGGUGGAGGUCUUGUCGCCAAGCAGCCUCCCGCUCACCUCAGCAGACAGGGUAACGGUCACGGUGUACGAAGGCCAGUGCCUACAAAAGUGAACGCAGUUCGACCAACCCCAGUCAGUAAGCAAGCUUCGGUGGGUAGUCGAGGAGACACCGGAAAAGUAGAUGAACUCAACAAUACGGUAGUCGAGUUGAAGGUGACCAUCGAAGGUUUAGAGAAGGAACGGGACUUCUACUUUGGCAAGCUGAGAGAUAUCGAAGUCAUGUGCCAAGAGAACGAGGAGGGAAAUCCCAUCAUCCAGAAGAUCCUAGAUGUUUUAUACGCAACAGAGGACGGUUUCGCGCCACCCGAUGAAGGUGAAGGUGUUCCUGGUGAAGAGGAUGAGUAUUAAAAAAAGAAUGAUAUAAAAAGAGUGCAUCAAACAAAGCCGUUCAAAAUUUUGUGACAAGUAUACACCACUACAUAUUAUCCUCUUAAUAUUUCUUCUCUUAUUUUUUUUUUCUCCGUCAUUCAUUUAUUUUGAUACUAUAGGGUUUUAUUUAUACGCGUUUUAUUAAACACCAAAAUGAACUGUUAAUGAUUUGAUUGUUUAAUAAUACUGUGAGAUUUAUAUUCGUGGAAAGAAAAAUUAUUUUGUAACCGUUGCGAAACCAUCCUUUUUCUUUCAUAUUUUUUUUUGUUGUUUUAAAUUAACUAUAAGUAUGUCUAUGUGCUUCUGAGCAGAAAUUAAUCAGCGCAAUACUUCGACAGAAAAUAAUAAUGAUAAUCAUCAUCAUAAUAAUAAUAAUGGCAAUGUUUUUCAUUUUUUUACAUAUAUAAUAUAUUUAUAUAUUUUCAAUCAAAUCCUUUUAGGUUUAUAAGUUUCAUUGCAAUCGGUUUCUUUUUUCUGUGUUGAAUGUUUGCAAACAAAAUUUAAUAAAUAAUGAUUUUAUUAAAAACAAAAUGGACAAAAAAAAAAUCGAAAAUAUUCGACACGACUUUCUGCUUUUGUUGGUGCAUGUCGGAAGCAUCGCGUUGUUUGCGCUUUUCUUUUUGAAGCGAUAAUAAAAGGAACUGUUUAAAAUGGAAUUGGCAUCUUUUCUUGAUCAUCCUGAGAAAACUGAAUCACAAAGAACAAUUUUCGUUCGAUUCUGGGAAUCCUGUUUUAUCUAACGAUGAGUGAUCUUUGUGAUUCAUCGAACAGGUGUGUCUUAUUGAAGGAAUGCUGGUUGCCUAGGAUAUUGAUGGUUAAACAAAAUUACUGCGAUUCUUUUUACCAAAAGGAUCGUAUUAAUUACGUACGAUUUUUACAGUGUAUUUCUCGUUAUGCUUAUUCAUAUUGUCAUUAAAAAGAUGUUGCCUUUUAUUUAAUAUUU